CCGGGCAGCGAGAUGGGGGAGAUGGGGAAGAUGGCGGCGGCCGUUGGGUCUAUGGCAACGCUGGCGGCGGAGCCUGGGGAGGACGCCUUUCGGAAGCUUUUCCGCUUCUACCGGCAGAGCCGCCCCGGGACCAUAGACUUGGGAGGGGUCAUCGACUUCUCGGUAGCCCACGCAGCCCGCGGCACGGGACCUGGUGCCCACAAGGUGGUCAAAUCUCACCUGAACGUGUCCUCAGUCAGUGACGAUGAUGCAUACAGAGCUGGACUUCAGCCGGUAAGCAAGUGGAGAGCCUACGGUCUCCAAGGCUAUCCUGGAUUUAUUUUUAUCCCAAACCCCUUCCUCCCAGGUUACCAGUGGCACUGGGUGAAGCAGUGCCUUAAGUUAUAUUCUCAGAAACCUAAUGUAUGUAACCUGGACAAACAUAUGACUAAAGAAGAGACCCAAGAUUUGUGGGAACAGAGCAAAGAGUUUCUAAGAUAUAAAGAAGUGAAUAAACGGAGACCCCGAAGUUUACUAGAGAAACUGCGCUGGGUGACCCUAGGCUACCAUUAUAACUGGGACAAUAAGAAAUACUCAGCAGAUCAUUAUACACCUUUCCCUUCUGACCUGGCUUUCCUCUCAGAGCAAGUAGCCGCUGCCUGUGGAUUUCAGGGUUUCCGAGCUGAAGCAGGUAUCCUGAAUUACUACCGAUUAGACUCCACACUAGGAAUCCAUGUAGACAAAUCUGAACUAGAUCACUCCAAACCCCUGCUUUCGUUCAGCUUCGGACAGUCUGCCAUCUUUCUCCUGGGUGGCCUCAAAAGAGAUGAAGCCCCCACCCCCAUGUUUAUGCACAGUGGUGACAUCAUGGUAAUGUCAGGUUUCAGCCGCCUGUUGAACCAUGCAGUCCCGAGGGUCCUUCCCAGUCCAGAAGGGGAAAGCUUGCCUUGCUGCCUAGAGACGCCUCUCCCAGCUGACCUCCCCAGAGACUCAGUGGUGGAGCCCUGUUCUGUGGAGGACUGGCAGGUGUGCGCCAGCUACUUGAAAACUGCUCGUGUUAACAUGACUGUCCGGCAGGUGCUGGCCAUAGGUCAGGACUUCCCUUUGGAACCCAUGGAGGAGAAUAAAAGAGACAUCAUCACAGAGGGUUCCUGCCAUCUGGAUGAUGAGAAUAGCCAAGUAAAACGAGCUAGGUUAAACCCUGACUGCUGAGACUUGAAGAGCCCGAUUCUUUUACUCAGGCAGAUCUUACAGUAAAUGACCAUGCUGUUUUGUAUUGCCGCAGACUUCAGCACAAAGACAGGCCAAAAGCAGAGACAGGGAAGAACUCAUCAUUGAUCACACUGUUGCCUUGGAACCCAUCCUGAAGAGAAAACUGAUAAACCACUUUGGUCAGAGAAGUGCCUGACGUGAUCCAGUCCUGGUUAGGUUUUGGCACUAACGUAUGUGCGAAGUCCAAGGAGGUAUGAGCUCCCACAACAGCCUUCUCAGCCUCGCCAUUAUCUCUGAGUGAGGUAGAUGUGAGUUUCCAUGUCUGUGGAAUCUUUGAAUACCUCAGGUUUUAUUGAUGGGAACCAUAAUUCCCUUUCCACCACCCCAUCUAAGUGAUUUGUGGUAAAAUUGUGGUUCCAUGAACCAACCAUUAGUUUUACCUUCUUAAUUCUUCCAAUCAACACCAAAUUCUUUGAUCUUCUCUGGUCUUCACAGAAAAAUCCUAUACACUUAAGACAGUGGAACUGGAAAUCACAUCUAGAAAAGACAAUCGCAGCUAUCUCUCUUGCCUAAAAGGUAAAUAUAUAUAAACCCAAGGAAAGAGGGACAGUAGUUUCUCCAGAUGUCUUUCAGGUCUGUAAACUCUUCCCGUUGGCUUUUAAAUGCAAUUUUAAUUGUUGGACUGAAAAAGUCCUAAGGGUAUUCUGUAACUGUUUUCCCCAUGAAUAAACUUACUCAGUUUUAAAGAUCUGUGUCUAUGUUUGAGGGUAAGUGUAUCUGGGAUUCGUUUUUUUCCUAUUUUCACUUGCUGUAUUGUUCAUGCUAUUGAAGCCUUCUAGCUGUUUCUGCCCUAAGUAUUCUUUGUGGCUGUCUCACAGGAGAGAAUAUUCCUUGAUACUCCAGUCACUGCUGUUUUUUAUAUUGUAGACAGUAUGGAAAAUGCUCGAAGCACUGAGUUUAAUCUGUGUACCUCCACCAGCUCACCUCGGUAUACCCUGA